GGAUUUAAUACUUUGCAACAGUGACAUGAAAGAAUCCAAAGCAAUCUGGGGCCUCAGCUUCCUCUGUAUUUUACUGAAAGCUAGGCACCUAUAAUCCGUCUGGCUCAUCUGAAAAAUUCUUCAUCCUUCUGUGGUAUUCAGUGCAUAUAAAAAAAAUUAAUUAACUGAGGAUCAAAUGGAAAGAUUGACAUAAUAUACAUUUACAGUGCACUACCAUUUGUAGAUUGCUUAUAUGUACAUACAUAUGUACAUACUGGCAUCUCUGCUUAUAAAGAUGAUCAGUUGCAGCAGAACCUGGUAGAUGGAUAGGCUGAAAUUUUCAAAAGUUGCCAGUGGCAUUGGAUGCCUCUUUGCCCGUAUACUUUGGGCCACAUUUUCAUCUGUUCUGAUAAAACACAGCUCCAGAUGAAGCCUGUAAAAUCUGUGGCUGACAAACACCAUUGAAAAUCACACACUUUUGGGGUGCAAAAAACUGACAAGGCCAAAAGUGGUGAAAACAUUUAUUUAAACUUUCCUAGCAAAGACUCAAAGUGGCUGGUAUUAAUUUCUUUAAACAGAAUACAUUUUGUGGUCUUCCUCCUUAUUUUUAAUUCUAUUAUACAAUGGAAUGCAUUACUAGUGUUGCCUUCACCCAUCUGUUCCUCAAAACUAAAAAAAAUAGAAAGAGGUAACAUUACAAAAGGGCUGUUAGAAAUGUUUAUGCAAAGUACUGCUUUUCAUCACUAAAUCAGACCUAAAGACAAGCUAGCUGAGAAAGUGUUCUCUUUCCCAUAUAGGGGCUAUGCAUACUUUUGCUUUAUCAAUCAAUCCUGAAAUGUGGACAUUUUCACUUUCACUUCAUCUUGGGCUACAUAAGAGAGGUGUCUAAUGUUCCAUGAGUGAUUAGCAUUUAGUGAUGUUUCUCUCAUUGUGAGAUACUGCCAAGCCACAAUUUACAAGUACUGGAUGUCCUGAACUGCAGUAGGAUAAUUUUGAUACUUCAGCCUUGGCAUUCUCAGGUUUUGUUUUAAAUUUAAUUCUCAUGUCUGUCCUAAUGUGGCUAUUUUACCAAUAAACCAGACACAUUUAUUGUCUCCUUCUCUUUUCUCCCUCCUAUUGUUCAUGCUUUGACAGUUCCAUAAAGUUUAUUUCUCCCUGCUGCUUAGUGUCUUUUUAUUCUGUUUGUUUUUCACUACUUCCAGCUGGGAUAUAGUUUAAUGAAUUAUUUUUCAGUGUGUGUGAUAUGGCUUUUAUGGCCUGCCUUUGGAGAUUGCGAUUAAUACAUUUUUUUUUUAUUCUUUGCCAUGACCUGGUUCCCAGUGCUCGGUGUUGUGCUCAUCAUUGUAUUAAGCAUAUUGAGAUCAUUAGAGAUGAUAUUAUCCAUCUUAAGCCUGGAACAUAUUUUCAUUCAUUCUAAUUCUUUUCUUUUUAGUUUCAACCCUGAAAUUUUUGUUUCUCUGCCAACAUUUAUUUUGCAUUGAUACUGGAUAAAUAAGAUUUCUGCUGUUAGUGUAGUACCUGACAUGGUCAUCAAAUCCAUAUCUUCCCUGAAUAAGUUUCUCAAGUGAUUUGGCAUCCAUGUUUGUGUAGGGUUUGUUGUUUGUUUGGCUGUUUGUUUCUGGGGUUUGGUUGUACCAAUUUCUAUUUUUAUUUGUUUUUCUGGGGGAGGAUUGUGUGUUUGUGAGUUUAUGUGUAAAUUUACAUAAAUCAUUUGACAUUUCAGUGAAGUUUGUAUUCACUUCCCCAGCCAUGACCAGGCACACAUAAACUUUGCAAAACAGUCUUAAUGGGGAGGAGAUAAAGACAAGAAAGAAGAGAUGGAGAGACCACAUUCAGCUUCUGUUAUAGGUGCCCAGCGCAGGAGAAGUCCCAGUGCCCUUGCCAUUGAAGUAUUUGAAUCACAUUUGGGAAGUCAUAUUUUACAGUCCCUGGAUGGAUUUGUAUUUGCACUAAAUCAAGAAGGAAAAUUUUUGUACAUUUCAGAAACUGUCUCCAUCUAUUUAGGCCUGUCCCAAGUGGAACUGACAGGCAGCAGUGUGUUUGACUACGUCCACCCAGGAGACCAUGUGGAGAUGGCAGAGCAGCUGGGCAUGAAGCUUCCCCCGGGGCGAGGCCUUCUCUCGCAGGGUACGGCAGAGGAUGGAGCCAGCUCAGCAUCCUCAUCUUCCCAGUCCGAGACCCCUGAGCCAGUGGAAUCUACAAACCCCAGUUUGCUAACCACUGACAACACUCUAGAGCGCUCUUUUUUCAUCCGAAUGAAAUCUACACUGACCAAGCGAGGAGUGCAUAUCAAAUCAUCAGGAUACAAGGUGAUUCAUAUAACGGGCCGGUUACGUCUGAGAGUAUCCCUGUCACACGGGCGGACAGUGCCCAGCCAAAUCAUGGGACUUGUUGUCGUUGCUCAUGCUUUGCCACCUCCUACAAUUAAUGAAGUCAGGAUUGACUGCCACAUGUUUGUCACUCGUGUGAAUAUGGACCUCAAUAUCAUUUACUGUGAAAAUAGGAUUAGUGAUUACAUGGAUCUGACCCCUGUAGAUAUUGUAGGAAAGAGGUGUUACCACUUCAUUCAUGCUGAAGAUGUGGAAGGCAUUAGACAUAGUCACUUAGACUUGCUGAAUAAGGGUCAGUGUGUAACAAAGUAUUACCGCUGGAUGCAGAAGAAUGGAGGUUAUAUCUGGAUACAAUCUAGUGCAACCAUAGCUGUCAACGCCAAGAACGCAAGUGAGAAGAAUAUCAUUUGGGUCAAUUACCUCCUUAGUAACCCAGAGUAUAAGGACACUCCAAUGGAUAUUGCACAACUUCCUCAUCUGCCAGAGAAAACCUCAGAAUCCUCAGAGACCUCUGACUCUGAAUCAGACUCAAAGGACAACUCAGAGGACAAUGAGAACUCAAAGUCAGAUGAGAAAGGAAACCAGUCAGAAAACAGUGAAGACCCCGAAUCCGACAGGAAAAAGUCAGGAAAUCAGUCAGAUAAUGAAAUGAACUGUAAUGAGGAUGGGAACAGCUCCAGCAACCAGGACAGCAGGGACAGUGAUGACAGCUUUGAAAACUCAGACUUCGAGAAUCAGAAGGCCCCUGAGGACAGUUUUGGCACUCUUGGCUCUAUGCAGAUCAAGGUGGAGCGCUAUGUUGAGAGUGAGUCAGACUUGCGGUUGCAGAACUGUGAAUCACUGACUUCUGACAGUGCCAAGGACUCAGACAGUGCAGGUGAAGUAAAUGCCCAGUCUUCCAGCAAACAUCAGAAGAGGAAGAAGAGGAGAAAAAAGCAAAAGGGAGGCAGCAUGACCCGGAGAAGGCUGUCAAGCACCUCAAGUCCAAAUGGACUUGACUCAGCUUUGGUGGACCAGCCCCAGCUGCUCUCGUCACCAAACAGUGCCUCAGUGCUCAAAAUUAAAACAGAAAUCUCAGAACCUAUCAAUUUUGAUAAUGAUAGCAGUAUUUGGAAUUACCCACCCAACAGGGAAAUCUCAAGGAAUGAAUCGCCCUACAGUAUGACCAAGCCCCCCAGCUCCGAGCACUUCCCUUCCCCCCAAGCCAGCAGUAGUUUACAUGUCUCCAUUCCAGACUCUGUUCUCACCCCUCCAGGGACUGAAAAUACUGCCAGCCGUAAAACUCAGUUCAGCACCUCAUCCAACUCGGCCUUGGCUCCAGUGUCCUCUGACCCUUUGUCACCCCCACUUUCAGCAUCUCCAAGGGACAAACAUCCAGGAGGUCCCACAGCGUCCAACUCUUUGUUGUACACUGGGGAUCUGGAAGCCCUUCAGAGGUUACAAGCAGGCAACGUGGUGCUUCCUUUGGUUCACAGGGUAACAGGAACCCUUGCUGCGACCAGCACUGCUGCUCAGAGGGUCUACACCACUGGCACUAUUCGGUAUGCUCCAGCUGAAGUUACUUUAGCCAUGCAGGGCAACCUCCUCCCCAACACCCACGCUGUUAACUUCGUUGAUGUUAACAGCCCCAGCUUUGGGCUGGAUCCUAAGACGCCGAUGGAAAUGCUCUACCACCACGUUCACCGACUCAACAUGUCGGGACCAUUUGGAAGUGCUGUGAGCGGGGCCAGUCUGACCCAAAUGCCUGCAGGGAAUGUGUUCACGACUGCCGAAGGACUUUUUUCCACUCUUCCAUUUCCUGUGUACAGCAAUGGCAUUCACACUACACAGACUCUGGAACGGAAAGAGGAUUGAAAUAUGACCACAUACUGUGUUCAGUGUUAUACUCUGAGGCAUAGACUAUGUUUUAAUUUAGACCUUUAAUUCUAGCACUUUGAAUUUGAGCAGGUCAGCUUAUUAUCUCAAUAUGAUGGUCCCCAUUUCAUUCCCUUUCUCUUUAACUUGACUUAUUCUUUAAUGUAAAGAUAUUUUUUUAUUUUUGCCUUCAGAGAGUCGAAGUACCAGUUGCCUGCCAUUUUGUCUUCUUCUAAGAUGUGUGUUUUUUCCUUUGCAUCUUUAUUAAGAUGCCUUUAAUAUGUGUAUGCCUCUGCCAUAGAAUACUCAGUGUUGUGGUAAAGAGAUUUUAAAGUGACAACCAUUGGUUUUACUUCAAAAUGAUCUUGAUAUGAUCAAGAUUAAAAGAGACAAGCAUAAACAAUGUGCCCUGUUUGACUAAGUCAAAUGAAAAGGGGGUUUUGUUCCUAAUUCCUUUAAAAUAGGGGAUAGUAUUUUAGAAUUUUAUGCAGAGUUUAAUUCUCUUUUUAUGGUUAAGAUUUUCUUACUUGCACAUAAAAUAAUUUGGGUUCUUAAAAAGUUAAUUUCUGGCCUGUGACUAGAAUGUUAAAAAGUUGGACUAAAUGUUAAUUACAGAAACUUUAACUUAAUUUCUAAAACCAUGGUGCUAUCAUUUAUUAAUCUGUAAUGUCUUCAUACAAUAUGCAGCUUGUGGGCUGGGUUUUUUGGAAAGAAUGUGUUCCGUACUGGUUAAUAGUGGGGUGCUGCAGUCUCCUUGGUUAGUUAAGACAAAAGCCCUCAUUAACAUUUGCUGCAGGACUUAAAAUUUGUUACCUCCAAACUAACAAGCAUAGCCUCACAUCAAAUUUAAAUGGGUCAGGAAGCUUUUUUCAAAAAGAGCUUAAAAACAAAAAACUCAAUUUAAUUGACGCGAGGAGCAGUUUCUUAGGUGCAUAUUGUUUUGCUUUAUUUUUUUCUCAGUGUAACUGAGGCUAAUUUUGCAACAUCAAAUAACACUUCAGAGUAAAAAAAAAAAAACAGAAGAACUAUUUAACAUGUUUUAUUUUUUUUUCCAUUUAAUAUUAUAGAGGGAAGGUUGUAAAUUUCUUUUUGUUCUUUAAUUUCGGGGGUUUUUUGUUGUUUUCUUUUUCCUUAUUUCUAGUGUUGAAACCAAUAUGUUUUAAAACUAAAGGAUGGGUUAAUAAGCUUGAAAUAGAUAACUACAACUGAAAACUGCACAUUAAGUAAAAGAAAAGAAAUCUCCUAUUUUGUCUUUGUUGCCAGAAAUCACAGUGUAGUGUCAAACACUCCAAAUGACUGUCAAAUAUAAAUUCUUCUUCCACUCCAUCUUUGGCAGCUGUUUGUUAAGGCAUCUAAUAACAGAUGUGAGAACUGUAAUGUGUACAAUGUGUAAGUGUCCUUGGCUGUCAGUCCCAUUGCAGUUUCAAUGUGUGUUACUAUAUGCAGUAUAUACUAAGCUAAUGUAGUUGUUUUGUCCUUUGUCUUCUCUGUGCUUUAUCUCUAGUCCGGAGUGGUAAAGUCCCAUUCCUGCAGUCCUAGUGAACCAGUGAUUCUUGGGGGUUAGUGGUUUUUGUGUGGUGGCCUUCCUCUGUAAUGUCACCUUAUGCUGCUUCCACUGUCUGUAUACCUUUUAAUUUCUGCUGUUGCUUUGCUGUUGUGUAUUCUCAAACCUCUCUCUCCCCCUUCCUUUCUCCCCUCCUCCUCCACACGUUUCCCGUCUCUCUUUCUCUCGCUCUCUCGUUCUCUCUUCUUCACUCUCAGAGAUAAAAGACUCUUAACUAGCUCAAGGUUAAUGGAGCCAUUUUUCCCACAGAGGAAUUCUGGGUAUGACUUACUCUUCCAGUGUACCCCACAACGCACUACAGAGUAAUGCUCAGAUAUAUUAAGCAAAUUGACGCCAUAUAGCCUCAGUUGUUAACAUUCCCAGAGUCCUUGUGCUCGAACUGUAAGCAGAGGGUGCAUUUCUUUGGUUUUCUCCUAGGUAGGCUGGCAGAGCAAUAUGUAGAGCAAUUACCAGUGAGAUAGGAAAUUCUUUCAAAGGUCAACGGGCAUUGUUUAUAAAGGAAACUGAGCUUAGAAUUGUCAUAUAUAUUCGCUUACGUGUGCAAUGCUAAUGUAUUAACUCAACUGUCCUUCAAAUUUUUGAUCACUCACUGCGUUGAGUCAAUUUCUAUGGUAGCUUUGAAUUUGAGAAGUAGGUCCAAGCCACAGAGGAGUGAUAGCAAAAAAAGGAAUUGGACGCUAGAAAUUUAAUUAAUGAGCUUUUAAAGGUUCCAUGGAAAGGAUUUAUGUAGGUCUUAAAAAGGUGAGAAAGCUGAUUGGGAAAUUCAAAGUUUAAUUUUGGAAGCUCUGCUCUAGCUAUGGAACAAUCAAAGGACUGCACCUAUCAGCUACAAAGAACAGCUAGACAGCUGUUGUUGUUCUGGGUUUUUUUUAUAAAUGUUUCUGUGUUGUGUCAAAAUGAUUUCUGGUGAUUUAAACUAACAGAUAAUCACAGCUGCUGUCUAAAUCCAUAGUGUUUAAAAUUACAAAAUGAAAAAAAAACUUCAUUACCUGUGAAGACUGUGUCUGUGUUUUUAACUAUUUCUUGUACAAAUAUAUGAAAUCUUUUAUGAGGAGACUGGUGCCAAGUAGCUGAAUAAUGGGGAAAGGGAUUCUGUUCGUAUAAAUCUUAGCAGUGUUACCAACUCUACAAUAUAAAAAAAAUUAAAAUGUUAAAAAGUGACAGCUAUGGUACAUUUAUUUUGUGUUAAGCUAACCGAAUCUAACUUCUUGAGUGCCUGGCUUAUUUGAAACAUUUUUUUCAUUGAUCAUUGAUAAUGCUGCAAAUCAGAAAUGUACAUACUUCAUUUACAACAGGGUUCUUUUUAUACUUUUGUAGAUUCUCAUACAUGUCAUACAUGGUUGUCUUUAUGUAACUUAAUUUUUUUUCAUCCCGCAGGUGCCAUUUUCAUAAUAAACUUCUCUUGGAUUUGUUACUA